UCCCUCGGUCCCGUGGUGUGCCCCCAACAGCUUGUUUCACCGGCUGUCCUGUAUUCCAGAAGGCCAGCAUCUUCAGUGUGGGCACCCAGCUGUGAUAGCUUGCGGCUUCACAGCCGGGUACCCACUGCACAUGCGCGAGUAGCACUGUUCUUCCUGAAUGGUCCUGUAGUCUUCUGGGACCUGUCACGUGUCCCAAAAGACUACAGGGAGGGAGGACACCUUCCGUUUCCGAUCGCCUAGGCGGAAGCGAUGGAAGUGGGAGAGGGUACCUGUCAAAUCUGGGUACCCGCUUCCCCCCCACUUCCCAAAGGUGCCAAACCUUAAUGGGGAGCA